CGGUAUGACACCGGAACUGAGGUCACUUCCGCGGUGUCGUAAAGAUGGCGGCCAGUCAGUAUCUGUUCUUCUGUCUCAUUGUAGUGUUAAAUGGUUUACUUUUGUACCUUCAACCCGCCUGUAGUAACGACAUAGAGGGAAAAGCAGGUCAGUUCUUCAGCAGCGGCCACACGAACAACUGGGCUGUUCUGGUGUGCACCUCCCGAUUCUGGUUUAACUACAGGCAUGUGGCCAACACCCUCUCAGUGUACAGAAGCGUUAAGAGACUGGGCAUUCCAGACAGCCACAUAGUGCUCAUGCUGGCUGACGACAUGGCCUGUAACCAUAGAAACCCCAAGCCAGCCACCGUCUUCAGCCACAAGAACAUGGAGCUGAAUGUGUACGGGGAUGACGUGGAGGUGGAUUACCGUGGCUACGAGGUGACAGUGGAGAAUUUUCUCCGUGUUCUGACAGGCCGGCUACCGCCCAGCACCCCGCGGUCCAAACGCUUGUUGUCCGAUGACCGCAGUAAUGUCCUCAUUUACCUGACGGGUCACGGGGGAAAUGGCUUCCUGAAGUUCCAGGACUCGGAGGAGAUCAGCAACGUGGAGCUGGCGGAUGCCUUCGAGCAGAUGUGGCAGAAGAGAAGGUACAACGAGGUUCUCUUCAUCAUCGACACGUGCCAGGGAGCCUCCAUGUACGAGAGGUUCUACUCACCCAACCUCCUGGCUCUGGCCAGCAGCCAAGUGGGCGAGGACUCCCUGUCUCACCAGCCGGAUCUGGCCAUCGGCGUGCACCUCAUGGACCGGUACACCUUCUACCUGCUGGAGUUCCUGGAGGACAUCCACCCUGCCAGCCAGGCCAACAUGAACGACCUUUUCAAGGUGUGUCCCAAGAGCCAGUGCGUAUCCACGCCCGGCCACCGCACAGACCUCUUCCAGAGAGACCCCGGCAGCGUGCUCAUCACAGACUUCUUCGGGAGCGUCCGUAAGGUGGAGAUCACCAUGGAAUCGAUCAACCUCACCUCUCCCAUUGUCCCAGAGGAGCCUGAACCGCUGCCGCCUGAGCUGCUGUCGGAGCCCCAGCUCCACGUUGACCAGCUUCCCGUCGCCGAGAUCAUCCACCAGAAACCCAAGCAGAGGGACUGGCACCCCCCCGACGGCUUCAUCCUCGGCCUGUGGACCCUCAUCAUCCUCAUCUUCUUCAAGACCUAUGGCAUCAAGCACCUCAAGCACAUCUUCUGAGCCUCGCGGGGGUGCUCGUGCAGGGGGACCCGGCACGUUUCCUGGAAGGAGCUCAGCCGGGAGCAAUGUCACCAUGGAGACGAACUCUGCCUUGUGAUGUGUGUGAGAUUGGUGUGUGUCUGCAGGUAGCAUGACUGCACUGUCACGCCCGUGAUGCUGUGUGUGUGUGUGUGUGUGUGUGUGUGUGUGUGUGUGUGUGUGUGUGUGUGUGUGUGUGUGUGCGUGUGCGUGCGCUGUCAGGAAAAGGGCUGAUUCGGCCCAGAAUGACCAGGCUCCCACGCUGCUGAAGGUGACAGCUGACUGUGUGUCUGUUUCCGUGUCCCUGCAUUGUCCCCUGAAUCCCCUUCCCUGCAAACUGCGGUCUAAGUACAGGGAAUUUCAGGAGCUCCGUUGGGUUGCCCCCCCCUCUUCAGACCCACUGUAACGUCCUCUACUCCAGCUGCUGAUGUCCUGUAAGCCCUCUCGAUACGGCGAGGCGCCGGUCUGACCUGCAGCUGUAGCCACAGCAGUAGUAAUUCCUGCGGAGGGCGGGGCUUGUCUGUCCUGUUACGGCCCCAGUGUUCCUGCAGCUCCCCUGUGGCAUGUUUGACCUGAAGUCUAUCCAGAAUGUGCUAGUAAAAGGUUUGAUUAAAGCAAAGGAUGUUAAAGGUG